AUGUCUGACCAUAUCUUCUAUAUUUACUCAAACCUGUCCUCUGUUCCCUGGGAGGGCAGUGCAACAGCAGCAGUUGCUCCCGUUUCUCCUCCUACACCUGGUCACUACCAUGUCCUCUACCGAGGGUGUGGAAAAACGCAGUUGGGCCGGCAUGAGGAGACAUACUGCCUAGUUGGUGGCUACGGGGCCUAUGGGGAUGUUCCUUUGGCCAAGCCAGCAAAGGUGGAAGCAGAGACGCCAGUCUCCAGACGUUGUCCCAAGAGAAAGCACAAUCCGGAAAAGUUGGACAAAGACCUGGGUUGCUCCAGAACCAAAACCCAGCGAUUGCAGCAUUCAAGCAGCUCAGGAAUACAAGGUGCUUUGAUUCUAAAGCACGGUGGCCCAACCUCUGGUCACAUCCCCUCUGCAACAACCCCAGUGAACGAGUGUCCCAUCUUUGCUUUUUCAAGGUCGGCAACAGGGAGUCCCCUCCUAAAGAAGGUUCUCUCUCAUUGCCACCCUAUGAAAGGCUGCCCCAAAGGUGGUUCCUUCCUGUGGGUCUGA